CUACAUGCCUGAUCUUUGCAUCGAGGUUGUGCGCGCUGCUGCACAUUGUUGAUGAAUUCGAGGGAGCAGAGCAGCCACACCAACAACAGGCAGGUCACAGGAAAGCCGGCCCCGGGUCGCGUCUUUGCCCUUGUCGUCCUUUUUAGGCCAUGGAAUCGUGGCUCCAUAAAAAAUUCUAAUUAAAUUCCCAACCAUGGCUCAACCCCCCGAAGCUGCCCCGUUACGACUGCAGUCGUCUUUGGACUCGGCUCCUGUUCAGCCGCGUGUGCAGCCAAACCUCGACGCGCUUGUUGAGCAGUCGUCUCCUCACAGCCAGCACCAGCACCAGCACCAGCACUUGAGAGAGCACGACCAGCAGCAGUCACGGCAGCCUCAAUUCCAGCUCCAGCACCAGAACUAUCCACCACUUACCCUAUCGGGCGCACAGCCACACGGAGCGCCGCAAUCCGGCGACGCGCCGGCCACAAGCAGCAGCGCCGGCCAUUCCAGCGUUCGGGGCACAGGCAGUCCUGGCACCGGCGGCGAGAGGGCCGGGGUGGAAGGGGUCUCGCCGGUUGUCGACGCCAACUCGAACAAUCUCUCGUCGGUUGUACAUCAUUCGGAUACCGCGCCAGCUGUUAUCGGCACCCGGGGCGAUACACAACACAAGGGCGGCGCGCCAGGCCCAGCGCCAUCUCCCUCUGACAUGUCCAACACGCAACCGGGGCCCGGGCCCGCUCGACAACCGGUGACAUACGCGAGCGCGCCCCCUUAUCCGCAAGCCGGCAUGUCUCCCGUCUCGCAGUACAUGUACUCAACACAGUCAAUCCCGUCCGACCCCUACCGACCAAGUCCGACCACUCUCCCGAGCAUGCGAACACUCGACCACAGACAACCGCAGGCACAAGCGCAGCAUGGAAUUCCUUUGGGGCCGCACAUGGCAGCCCCGACAAUGCCCGCACCUGCCCCUGCGCACAUGGGCUACUAUGGUGUACACCCACACCUGUACGGCCUCCCGGACCCAAGUGCAAUGCGUUUCGCCAUCCCCCCUGGAAUGGCCCACGAUCCGCGCAUUGCUUUAAGUGGAGGGAGACACAAAAAGGAGAUCAAGCGGCGGACAAAGACUGGGUGUUUAACCUGCCGGAAGCGAAGGAUAAAGUGCGACGAAGCCCAUCCAACCUGCAACAAUUGCAAAAAGUCGAAGCGUGAAUGCCUCGGAUACGAUCCUAUUUUUAAGCAACAGCACGGCCCAACAGCCAUACAGCCCGCUCCGAGCUCUCAACCCCCCGCCGCCCCUUCGACUGCGGCACAAACACCAGCUGUGCCAUCGUCCGCCCCGCAUCCCUAUCAAACGUCGUAUCCGCCCCCGCUUCCGUCCAGCGUUGUUCCUGACCCCGCCGUGUCCACGGCUCCGCAGAACAUCAAGACGGAGCCAAGCUACGACUACUCGACCGCCAUUGACCCGGCGCUCCAAGAGGGGGACUCCGCUGACACCGCGGGCACACGGGUCCCUCGAUACCAACAGGGCAACGUAGCUGCAGGUGCAAGCCACGGUAUUAGUGGCUCGACCGAUUUGCCAGCAAAGAGGAUGAAGGUCGAUGAGCUUAUUGCUCUUGGUGGCGUGCCACCCCAGCCCUCAACUGCCCCGCCGUCUCCCGAAAUGCUCUCCGAAAUCACGAAACUCUACUCCGAGAUUUACUCCCCAGGGCUCAUUCAAUUCUUCGAGACGCGUUGGUACGAUUUCACGAAGAACCGGGCGACAACAACCAAUUCCGCAGCCAUAAUCCACAACAACUCCGCCCUUGUUUCUCUCUUCGCUUCGUUUAUCCAGACAAUAUCCAAGGUCAAGACUACCGAGCGUGCGGACAUGGUGCCUUCUGAACUGCUUGAAUCCUCUGUCGUCUGGUCCCUUGCCCGCCUUCCUCUUGCAACUACGCUCACCCAGCGCCCACAAUACUCUGACUCAGUCCCUGCUGAAGAUGAUCCUUGGGAGGCUCGCGGCCGCUUACAGGUGUUCGAAACUCUCCUGAUUGGCGAAACACUGACAGCAAAUCCUCUCUCGCCCCCGCCGCCAGGUGGCAACCUUCACCCGUUGCGCCGGAAUGAAUUGGAAUUCUGGUAUCAGCUGGCCAAGUACCUUCUCCAGGCUCACUCGUCUGGCUCGCCUGCGGAUACGUCCAUUAGGGAGCAGUGUCUGGGUGCGAUGAGAGAUCUGUUAGAUGGUCGGGAGAACCGCGAUGUUCUGUACAGCAUCGCGGUAAUGAGAGAAUACACGGCUCAUUGGGACGCCUUCAGCAUUGAGCAGAAUGUGCCCUCGCAUCUGGAAGAGUCGGACCCCCGCAGCAAACUCGCUGUUGCAACUAGAUUCAUCCGAGACGAGUCCAGCACGGCAGGAGGCACUACCAACGUAGUGCGCCGUUUCGCUGAGCUUGCCUAUCGCGCCUUUGUCCGACCGGGCGCCAACGUGAAUAGAAGCGGAGGCGUGAAUUGAAGGUGGUUAGUUGCAGUGAAACCCGCCGAACUGGUUAAGUCAUUGUCGAGUUUGUCGACCUGUUUGUGACUGGUUGGGUGAGGAGAAGGCCAUUUAAUUUCGAGCAGGUGAGAGGGAGGAGGUGGAGAACAGGAGAGGGAAGAGAGGGAAGAGAGGGAAGAGAGGGGGAGGAGGGGGGGGAGGGCGGAAGGAAUCCGCAUCUCGUCGAGUUCU